UCAUUCACCACCAUCUCACCACUCUUUGAUGGGGAUCAAUAGAGUCGUUUGGUAAAUGGGGCAGCAGCAAUCCGCCUUCGUUGUUGAAAUUGCUUCACCCCGAUUUGGAAGCUUUCAGAGUUUGCCACAGACAGAUCCGGAUGAAGAUGAGCGCAAUUCUUCACAAUGGCGUAUCACAGUUAAUCCAUCAGCAAAUUUCUUUUCAACAAGCGAUGAAUUGAAAUCAUUGAUUAACAAACUUUACCGGACACAGAAACUUAUCACACCAUCAGAAGCAAAAUAUCUAUGUACCGCAUUGAAAUGCAUCGAUAUUUCAUCGGAUAUUCUUUUGCCUCUAUUGACUGUCAUCUCAAAUGCUACUGCUUAUACUGCAAACCAGUAUUUAUUUGCUCAGUUUGGUAUAACCGAAAAAGUGGCGGCAAUGAUGAAAAAUUAUCAUGCAGCUUUACCGAAUUCCUCCAAGGUCAUGCUAUUACAAUGCAUCGCAAACAUGGCUGCAUGCAGGGAAAAUACCGAACUGCUACAGCAGACAAUUCCAUUUAUUGUGAAACGUUUGAAUUCAUCAUUGGAUAUGGAAAGAACGGUUGCAUUCCAAGCGCUCACAAAUCUAUCCUAUACAAUUACACGACCACAAGUUGAGACCAUCUUACCAGUCAUACCUGUUUGCCUCAAAAGGCUUUGGGAAAAAGGUGAAGCAAACAUCAAUUCACUUCGAUUACUGGUAAAUUUAUCAUGUUGUCCUGAUAUGGUCCCGCAUAUUUUAGCUGCUAAGACAGUGACAGGCUUAUUGUCAAUUCUGGAUACGGAUAAACCGGAAAUCUUAUUGCGCGCUAUUACUUGGUUGUUGUGUAUGUCAUCAGCAGUGCAUGCAUUAUCUUUAACUUACGAAGUUAUCGCUCCAUUGAACCAGGAUCCUUUCGCUAAUCCAAACUACACUAUUUACUUCUCCAUUUACGCACCGAAGGGUAGGCAAGAAUUGAUCAAACGUUUAAACAGUAUAACUAUUGGAAGCGAUGAAACAGCGCUGAAAGCAAAAAGAUUACUUGAAACAUUGGAUAAAAUUCCGGAAGCACGAUCAUUACUAUCACAUCUCAACCGAUUGUAACGUCAAACAUUUUAUUCUAAUAAUUCAACCUUUGGAACUGUUCUCUAAUAAGUUUCGCGAAAACAAAAUUGUCAUUAAGGUAAUGACAGCAACAUCUCGACUUUACUGCAGUUUUUUUUAACUAAUGUUUUAUUCAUAUUUCAUAAAAGUUUAACUAGCAUGUAACGCGCUCAAUCUCAA